CAUAAGUUUGUGUUUAGGAAGAAAGAUGAUAAGGAAAUCACAAUUGACAAUGAUCAUUAUGAAAUUUCUACUGAGGAUAACACCGAAACUCUUACCAUAAACGAUGUCUCCAAGGAAGAUGGAGGAAAAUAUUCUUGCACAAUUACCAACUCUGCUGGUUCAGAAACUACUACUUCUGAGGUUACCGUUAAAGAAACAACUAGUGCAGCGAAAUUUGUAAAAGGCUUGAAAGACCAAAAUGUUAAGGAAGAACAAACUGUGAAAUUUAACGUAAAGAUUUCUGGGAAGCCCAAGCCAACAGCCAAAUGGACCAAAGAUGAUGCUGAGUUGGUGAUUGAUGGUCAACAUAUUCAAUCAUUAGAAGAAGCAGAAGAUUCUCUUACAAUUAUCAUUAAAGAUGCGAAGUUGGAUGAUACUGGAAAAUACACUUGUGUCAUCACCAACUCCGAAGGAUCGGAUACAACAUCGAGCAAACUGACUGUGUCAGAAUCUACUUCAUCUCCAGAGUUUACACAAAAACUUAAAGAUAUCGAUGUUAAAGAAGGAGGUACAGCAGAAUUCACUGUUAAGUUCACUGGAAAACCAUGCCCCACUGCAAAAUGGGCAUUUGAUAAUGCCGAACUAACAAUAGACAACACCCAUACUGAAUUAAAAGUCGAAGAAGACGGAGCAUCCCUUACUUUAAUUAUUCAUGAUGUCACCAAAGAUGAUUCUGGAAAAUAUGCCUGUACUAUCUCAAAUCCUUCAGGCUCACAGUCUAGCAGUGGAAAGCUAAAAGUAUGCUCUGGCCCACUCUUUACAAAGACUCUUGAAGAUGUGGAAGCGGAAGAAGGUGCUGCUCUUCGCCUGAAUGUUAAAUUUGAGGGUCAACCUGACCCUAUCUCUACAUGGAUGAAGGAUGGUCAGCCUUUGGCGAUAGAUGGAAAGCAUGUGAAAACUGCAUUGGAAAAUGACGAAUCUUUGACGUUGGUUAUAAAUAAAGUCAAAAAAGAAGAUGCCGGAAAAUAUUCCUGUGAAAUCAAAAAUCCUCAAGGAACUGCUUCUACUGCUGGAACCGUAUCUGUAACCGGUAAGCCUGUAAUAAAGAAAGGCUUAGAAGACAGAAAGGUUAUUGAAGAUGAAGCUAACGUUGAAUUGAUCGUUGAAGCUACAGCCACUCCAACUCCUGAAGUUAAAUGGUAUCUGAAUGACAAAGAAAUUGUUCAAAGUGACCACUUCACUAUGACAGCAGAUGAAUCAAAAGGAAUUUAUAAACUGAUUAUUAAAAAAGUGAAUUCUGAAACUGUUGGAGAAGUGAAAUUUGAAAUAAAAAAUUCAUCUGGAAAGGCAGAAAGCAAAGGAAAACUUAUGUUGUUAAAAAAGCCUAAGUUCCUGAAACAACUCUCGGAUCUAACACUAGUCGAAGGAGACGCUCUUAAACUGGAAACUUCUGUAGAAGGCAAUCCUCUUCCAACUGUUAAAUGGUAUUUGGGAAAAACGGAAAUGGAUCCAGAAGAAUGCAAAAUAGUUAGCGAUGGAUCUAACCACAGUCUAACUAUUGAGGAAUCUUCAGUAGAAGACUGUGGUACUUACAUUUGCAAAGCUAAGAACGAAAUUGGUGAAGCGUCUGAAAAAGCUGUUGUUACUAUCAAAUCCAAAAAGGACACUCAAGCACCGAUGUUCAUUACCCAUCUUUAUGAUCAAGUUAUUGUUGUCGAUGACGCCGGAAGAUUAGAGGUAAAAAUAACAGGAAAACCAAGUCCUGAUGUCUCAUGGUAUAAAGAUGAUGAACUGUUAGAAGGAAACGAAAAAACUAUCAUAAAAACCGAUCCUGAAGAUAACACUUAUACACUAACUUUGAAAGAUCUCCAAGUCAAAGACACUGCUAAAUACACAUGCAAAGCUGUGAACAAAUAUGGAGAAGCCAAAGAAGUAGCUCAAAUUACCGUUAAAGAACCUGUUGCUCCACAGAUUGAAGAGAUGCAAGAUAUUACAGUUCCAUAUAGCAUGCCUGCAAGAAUCAAAGCUAAAAUAACUGGAUUUCCAAAGCCUGAUGUUAAGUGGCUAAAAGACGAUACCCCUGUUAAAAGUUUGGAAGGUUUUGAGGUGAUUGCUGAUGCAGAAGCCAAGAAAUAUGCUGUCUCCAUCAAAAGCGUAAAAAGUGAUGAAGUCGGACUUUACACCUGCGUGGCUUCCAAUCAAGCUGGUGAAGCAAAAUGUGACUGUACACUCUCUAUCAAAGCACAAGCUCCAGUGUUUGUCAAAGAUUUAUCUGAUCAAACUUUAGACAUCGGAGAUGAUUUUAAAUUCCGAGCAGAAGUUCAUGGCUAUCCAAGUCCAGAUAUUUCAUGGUACAACAAUAACAAACUCAUUGAAAGUAAUUCAGGAUUAGUAACAUCUAAGAAGGGUGAUACGUACACACUUGAAGGCAGCAUAAAAUCUGCUGACGAUGGUGGAGUUUUCAAAUGCAAGGCUAGCAAUUCAGCUGGUGAAGAUUCUAGGCAAGCUACUCUAAAAAUAUCAGACUUUGGCCCAAAAGUAAUUGACAAAUUGCCUUCCUCUAUUGAUUUAAUUGAAGGAGAACCACUAAAAUUACAAGCCAAGAUUACUGGUAAACCAGUUCCUGAAAUUAAAUGGGUAAAAGAUGGUAAACCCAUUAGACCUAGUAGUAAAAUCAUUAUGUCCCAAUCGCCAGAUGGUGUUGCAGAACUUAGUAUUCCAGAUAUGACUCAUGAUGAUGCAGGAAAUUAUAAAAUUGUGGCUACUAAUGAUAAAGGUCAAACAGCAUCUGAAUGCAAUGUAGGAGUUGCAUUCAAAGAAAAAAGUUCUAAGCCAUUUGUUGGACAACUACAUCCACUUGAUGCCAUUGUAGGAAAACCAAUUAUAUUGGAGACCAAAGUAGCUGGAAACCCAGCACCAAAAAUAGAGUGGUUCAAAGACGACAAAAAACUGGAAAGUGAUUCCCGCAUUAAAUUAACAGAGAAAGAUAGUAAGGCCUUGCUGACCAUUGACGAAGGAAAACUGGAAGAUUCUGCAGAAUAUAAAAUAGUUGUUUCCAAUGACCAAGGAGAAGACAGUUCCACGGCUGCAGUUACAGUUUCAAUUCCAGGAAAGAAACCAUCAAUUGUAAAAGAAUUAAAAGCAACUAAACUUCUGGAAGGAGACGAAGGUAAAUUACAGUUUGUCCUGGCAGGAUACCCAAUGCCAACAGUAGCUUGGAUGCAUAAUGGAAGAAAUGUUCUCGAAGGACAGCACUGCACUGCCACUUUAGAUGAUAAAGGCGUGGCAACAUUAACAAUACAAAACGUGAAAUUGGAAGAUGGAGGAAUGUACACAGCAAUUGUUUCCAACAAAUUAGGAAAAGCUAGCACCGAAGCACCUGUAAUUGUUGCUCCAACAACAAAAAGUGAUGCAGACAAAGACAAGAAGCCGACGAAAAUAUUUGAAUUUCUUCAAAAUUUAAUGCCUCAAUUAGCACCGGAAGGAAAACCAUGUACUUUAGAGGCAAAAGUUACUACUGAUCCUAAACCUAUAUCAGUUAAAUGGUUAAAAGAUGGUAAAGAAAUUCCACCUUCAGAGAGAAUAGAAAUCGGACAAGAUUCCUCAGGAUCACUUAAACUGUGCAUUGCUAACAUGACUCCAUCAGACAGGGGGAGAUACGCUGUAGUUGUUUCGGACGGUAACGUCGAAAUAAAAAGUGAAGCGGUGGUGAACAUGAUGCCUGGUAUGCCAGGUUUGUCUGGAAACAAACCAUAUUUCGUCAAAGGUUUGGAACCUUUAAAAGUAUCUGAAGGACAUACAAUACACCUGAAGGCGGAACUGCCUCCAAAUUCUGGAUGUGCUAUUAAAUGGAUGAAAGAUGGCGACGACGUACUAAAGGGAGACCGAAUACAAAUAUUGGAACAGCCAAAUGGUGCAGUUGCGCUCAUCAUUGAAGGUGCAACUCCAGAAGAUUCUGGUAAAUAUGUUGUCAUCGCAACUAACGAUGAAGGAAAAACUAGAAGUUCCGCAAUGGUGGCUGUUGUAGGAGAUGGAUUCAGAUUGCCAGAAAUUGUUGAUUCCUUAAAACCUGCCUCUUUUACUCAAGGAGAAUCUGGAAAAUUAACUGCUAAAAUUGAUGGAGAACCCAAACCGGAAGUAAAAUGGUUGAAAGACGGAUCUCCACUCGAACCAAGUGACAGGAUUCUAAUGCACCAAGAACCUGAUGGAACUGUGUCACUUGAAAUUUUGAAUAUAAAACCUGAAGAUGAGGGAAAAUACACUCUUCUGGUUUCAAACAUAGGUGGUGAAACAAGAAGUUCUGCUAAAGUUGAAGUGAUUCAACCACCUCUUUUUAUUAAACCAUUGAAUUCAGUAACGGGAGUUGUAGAUUGCCCAGCCAAACUUGAAUGCAAAGUUACUGGUGAACCAAUGCCUGAAAUUAAGUGGACCAAAGACGGAAACGAAGUUACUGAUGAUGAACCAAGCAUCCGAAAACAUCAUCUUCCAAAUGGAGAAGUUGCUCUAAUAUUUGACAAAACUAGUCCAGACCACGCAGGAAAAUAUGCUUGCACGGCUGUUAAUAAACAUGGCGAAAAAACUUCAGAAGCUCCUCUAACUAUAAUCAACAGAGAAAUUGAGGGAGAGUCAAAGAAAGCUCCCGCUUUUGUAACUCCACUUACUGACCUGAAGGUGCAAGAAGGAGACAAUUUCAAACUGGAGGCGACUACAUCUGGAAACCCUCUUCCUGACGUCCAUUGGUUUUUAGAUGGCCAGCCUAUUUCAUGCUCUGACACCAUUUUACCAUCUUUUGACGGAAAAAAGGCGGCAUUAACGGUGUAUAGAUGCAAUCCUCGGCAUGAAGGAGUGUACGAAUGCAAAGUCUCAAACAUUUUAGGAGAUGCAAGCUCCAGAGCAAAAGUUAAAGUUACAGCUUAUAUGGCCCCUCACUUCAUCGAACGACUGUGCGAUACACAAUGCACAACGAACGAACCAAUGAAAUUGACCUGCCGCGUAGAAGGCAUUCCCGAACCUGAUGUUGAAUGGUACUUCAACAGGGAUAAACUGACCUCUGGGGUCAAGUAUUCAAUCCUCAAGGAAGGAGAUAAGUGUAUUCUUACAUUGCCACAUCCCCGUAUCAACGAUUCCGGUAUCUAUGAAUGCCGUGCCAAAAAUCUGGUAGGAAAAGAUUCGUGCAAAUCAAAUGUUGGAGUCAGCUCAGCUGCCUCUGAAGGUGAACCUGCAAUGUUCCUGAAGAAGUUGAAAGACACUUCUGUUCUUAAUGGAAUGACUGCAAAACUGACUGCGUGUAUUUGUGGUACUCCAAAACCUGAAGUUAAAUGGUUCAAGGAUGGAAAUCAGCUCUCUGAAAAUCCGAGAUUGGUAUUAGAAGCAGAUCCAAAUGGUGUUAUUCGUCUCAUAAUUAGAAGUGCACAAAAAGCGGAUAUGGGAACAUAUAGGGUCUCCAUUGAAAACAAAUUUGGAAGCGAUACGUGUACAGCUGUUCUCGGAAUCGAAGGAGAAGACAAGCUUAAAGCUGAUGUACAGAAAAAAGAAACUCAAAAGCAAAGCUUGCCAGGUCCACCUUCACCACUACCUCAUGCCCCAUAUAUAUUUAAAAUGACGGACAACUGCGCAUCUUUAGGUUGGAGACCUUCUAUACCCCAAUUCCCACAAGUUCCUUACACGUACAGAUUGGAAAUGUGCAAAAUACCUGAUAGCGCCUGGACAACAUACAAAUCCGGAAUAAAAGACACAUCUUGUGACAUUCGAGAUUUGUUGCCAGGAACAGAUUAUAUGUUUAGAGUGAGAGUCGAAAAUCGAUAUGGUGCAAGUGAACCAUCACCAUAUGUUACCGCUCACAGAUCACGUCUUCACAGGCCAAUAACACCAACUGAUUUUGCACCAAAGGAUUAUGAUCUUGAUCAUCUGAAGCUCGACAAAUAUGCUGCUGCACCAAGAUUUUUACGAACUGAAGAGGAUUCUACUUAUGCUGUUCGUGGUCACCCAGCUAGAAUAGAAUUUUGGGUCUACGGUUGUCCACAACCGAAAAUCACGUGGUAUUUCAACAAUGCUCCAGUCGAAUCUGGAAAAUAUGAUUUUCUUGAAGACCGAAAUGGUCAAGUUAUUCUUUUCAUCACGAGAAUGGGAGAUGAUGAUAUUGGAACAUAUACUUGCAAAGCAGAAAAUGAACACGGAGAAGCACAAAGAAAAAUACAACUCAUGAUCGCAGAACAUCCUAUUUUCACCAAGAGGUUAGACCCAACCACUAUAAUGAUUCGCAAAGGUGGAGAAUUCCGGUGCAAGGCCAUCGGCGUGCCAUAUCCUAAAAUUAAAUGGUUCAAAGACUGGCACCCCCUCAGUGAGUCCAGCAGAAUACACAUUAAAUGGGAAGAACCAGACACCUGCAUUUUAACCCUCAGUGAUGCUAUUUUAAAAGAUGGUGGUCUAUACACGUGCACAGCCACAAAUGUUGCUGGAACCUCUACAACAUCAGCGAUGCUUAGUGUAGAAGAAUGCGAAAAUGAAUAUCAUCUUCUUACAUAUCAACGACCACACAUUGUAAAACCCAGUGAUCGACCGUUUGAAGAUUUCUAUGAUAUCGGAGACGAACUUGGACGGUAUGACUCUCUCUAUUGUUUUAAUGACUUUUAUAUCUUAAUAAUGGCGUUUAGAUGUGGUGGUGGUGAACUUUUACCAAGUAUUAUCCAUCACGGGAAUCUUACAGAGAGUAUUGUGGCUCAUUACAUCAAACAAAUACUCGAAGGACUAAAACACAUGCAUGAGAAAGACAUUGCUCACUUAGGAUUAAAUAUUGGCGAUAUCCUGCUGACUCGAUUGAACUGUGACAACAUCAAAAUUGGGGAUUUCAGUUUGGCAACUCGGUUGCACCAUGGUAGAGAAUUCAUUCAAGAAUAUGGACAUCCGGAAUUCGUUGCUCCAGAAAUCGCCAACAAGCAGCCUGUUUCUCUUGCAUGUGACAUGUGGAGCGUCGGCAUAAUUUCUUACAUUUUAUUGGUUGGAGAUUCGCCAUUUUUGAGAGAAAAUGACCGAGCCACAUUGAAAGAAGUUCAACAGGGAAAACCAGACUUCUAUCACGAUGGUUUUGCUGUGCUCUCAGACGAUGCCCGGGACUUUGUUCAGCAACUCUUGCAAAUGGACCCCAGCAAACGUAUGGAUGUCAAUACUGCCUUGAAGCACAAAUGGCUUGAGCUGGACUCAAGACCGGACAUAUGUGAUGAAUUGAACAAUACUGACCGUCUGAAAGAUUAUUACAAAAAAUGGAGAUCAUGGUAUUCAAACGCUGCAUGCCGUUGGUUCUUCCGUCGACGAACUUUGGAAUCCUGCUUUACACAUCCAAGCCGCAUGAUCUAUCCACCGGACGAGUCUUAUACACCACCAUCUACACCUGACAGCGAACUCGACAGAAGUCGAAUUAAACCUGCAGCUUUUGAUGACAUCACUUACCGACAAAGAAUCGAAAGAGAAGCAAUCGAUCCUAGAUCCGAAAGCCAAUCAUGGUAUUCAAACGCUGCAUGCCGUUGGUUCUUUCGUCGACGAACUUUGGAAUCCUGCUUUACACAUCCAAGCCGUAUGAUCUAUCCACCAGACGAGUCAUAUACACCGCCAUCUACACCUGACAGCGAACUCGACAGAAGUCGAAUUAAACCUGCAGCUUUUGAUGACAUCACUUACCGACAAAGAAUCGAAAGAGAAGCAAUCGAUCCUAGAUCCGAAAGCCACUACCAAAAUGGUCCAGACACGUUUUUGUUGCCUUUACGUGAUCCAGAUUUUCCUGUUCGAAUUCGGAGAUAUUUAAAAGUUGGUGCUAGUAGAAGCCCUAUACUUUCCAGACAUCUAGCGGAUAAACAUUGGGGAUACCAAGAUGUAAGUCAUUUUUUUCUUCAGUAUACAGGUGUGUUUAUAAAUUUCAAUUUUCUAGAAACUGGAAGUAUUGCAGAUAAGAAACGUUCCGGACGUCCCUGCACAAGUGAUUUUGACGUUGAGCGUGUCAGACAGACAUUUUUAGACAAUCCUAGAAGAUCUGUGAGAUCAGCGGCAAGAGAAUUGGAUAUGCCAAUUUCGACGGUGUACAAGGUUAUUAAGAAACAAUUAAGACUGCAUGCAUACAAAAUUCAAAUUGUUCAAGGUGUGGAACCGGACGAUAAGCCUAGGAGGAUGGCGUUUGCUACAGAUAUGGUAGGAAGGAUCGAAGAUUCUGCUGAUUUUCUGAAACGCAUAAUGUUCUCCGACGAAGCAUCCUUUCAUGUUUCUGGCAUUGUUAAUCGCCAUAAUGUGCGCAUAUGGGGAUCUGAAAAUCCCCAUGAAUACCGUGAGACACAAAGGGAUUCACCAAAGCUGGACUCAAGACCAGACAUAUGUGAUGAAUUGAACAAUACUGACCGUCUGAAAGAUUAUUACAAAAAAUGGAGAUCAUGGUAUUCAAACGCUGCAUGCCGUUGGUUCUUUCGUCGACGAACUUUGGAAUCCUGCUUUACACAUCCAAGCCGUAUGAUCUAUCCACCAGACGAGUCAUAUACACCGCCAUCUACACCUGACAGCGAACUCGACAGAAGUCGAAUUAAACCUGCAGCUUUUGAUGACAUCACUUACAGACAAAGAAUCGAAAGAGAAGCAAUCGAUCCUAGAUCCGAAAGCCACUACCAAAAUGGUCCAGAUACGUUCUUGUUGCCUUUACGUGAUCCAGAUUUUCCUGUUCGAAUUCGGAGGUAUUUAAAAGUUGGUGCUAGCAGAAGCCCUAUACUUUCCAGACAUCUAGCGGAUAAACAUUGGGGAUACCAAGAUGUUGCUGUAAAAGAGAGACGAAAGUUUACUGAUGUCAUGGACGAAGAAAUAGAUGAUGAGAAAAAAGGAGUAUCACGAUCAGCAAACUUGAGAUUACGUCAUGAAGUUAGUACUCCAGGAUCUGGCUAUGAGCACAUAGAAACAAGGAGUCAGAAAAAACGACGCGGAUUCAGAGGAACAGCAGGUUCAGCUCCAUUCUUCCGUGAAAAAAUUAAGCACGUAGUUGUACGCGAAAACGAAGAAGCUGUGUUUGAAUGCAGAAUUGCUGCAGAUCCAGAAGCUCAAGUUUCUUGGUUUAGAAAUGAUGGCAUCUUAAUUGAGAGUUCCAGGAUAAUCAUAAGUAAAUGGUCAGAUGGUCGAUGCUCACUAACACUAAGACCGACCAAGGCCUAUGAUGUUGGUGCCUAUAAGUGUGUGUCAAGAAAUUGUCAUGGUGUAUCUGUCUGCAGGGCGAGAUUGAAUCUUGGUUGUGUAUCUGUUAAACCGGACCCUCCAAUAGCAGAUAAAAUAUCAGAUACUGAAAUUUAUUUGACAUGGAUGCCACCAAAGAUCGACAGCUUUAGUCCAAUAUUUGGCUAUUCUUUGGAACAUAAGGAAGAAGGUGCUGAAUCGUGGACGAAAAUAGCCAACAAUAUUUCUCAUGAGUUUUAUCUAGUUCGAAAUUUGAAGCCUGGAGCUACAUACUAUUUCCAUAUUUCUGCUGUGAACAGUUUCGGUUGGAGUGAAUUCAGUUUACCAUCUGAACCUAUAUUAACUCUGGCAGAAGCCUCGCCAAAAAUAGAGCUCGGAAGGGCAGAAAAGUUUCAACAAGACCAAACGGAUAGUGGACAAGAAUUAAUCUUAGAUGCUAUGGAACGCAUGAAGCUUGAUUAUGGUAGAGAAGAUGAACCCGUUGUGGUUCAAGAAGCUGAACCCACCGAGCUUUAUAAUUACAUAUCUGAAGUAGCCAAGGGAAGAUUUUCUUUAGUAAUGAAAGUUUGGCAGAAGAAGAUUAAUGGCACAUUUGUUGCCAAAGCCCUGGAUCUUAAUGGUCCUGCCGGACAAGCUGCUCAAAAGGAAUUAGAAAUAUACAAAUCCCUCCAGCAUGAAAAAAUUGCCAACCUCCAUUCCGUUAGCGCAUCAAAAACUUCUAUGUUUUUCGUAAUGGAAAAACUUUCCGGAAUUGAUGUUAUAUCUUAUUUGUCAAUGCGUCCUCUAUACACUGAAGACUUGGUCUCGAGAAUUAUACAUCAAGUGAUAGAUGCUUUGGAAUAUUUACACUUCAGAGGCAUUUGCUAUUUUGAGCUUCAACCGGACAACGUAGUCAUGGAAGAUCGGCAUCACCCUAACAUCAAGCUUGUCGAUUUCGGCUCUGCUCAAUACGUUCCAGAAGAAGGGGCUAAAGUUCAAGUCAAUGGCGACCUGGAAUAUUUAGCUCCUGAAGUUAUUAAAGGAGAAGAAGUUCACACACCAGCUGAUAUCUGGGGAGUGGGAGUUUUAACUUACAUUUUAUUAAGUGGUGUUUCUCCCUUCCUUGGCGAAUCCAAACAAGAGACCAAGGAUAAUAUCUUGUUUGUUCGUUACCACUUUGAUCAUCUUUAUAAAGAAGUUACUCCAGAAGCAACGCAUUUCCUCAUGCAACUCUUCAAAAGGACACCUCAGAAAAGACCAACAGCAGAAGAAUGUUUCGAAAAUAAAUGGCUAUUACCUAAUGAAUUCAUGAUCAAGAAAAGAGAACACGCAGUUUUCCUCUCACACAAUCUCAGAGAAUUUUCGGAAUGCUUCCAUUCCUUGAAAAGCAAGUCCACACCUUCUCAUCUGUUGAACAUAUUUGGAAAAUCUGAAACAAGGUAAUAAAAUUGUUGGAAAGCAUAAAACUCACAAUUAAGUGUAAGCAUCAUCAAUAUAUCAGAAGACAACACCAAAGUUAACGGUACUUAAAAUUGGACAAAGACUAUUUAUUACAGUGCUCAAUGUGAAGACUAUGAAGAUGUUUAAAAAAAACUACUCCUUUACAAAAAAAAAUUUUUAACAAUUUAAAAAUAUCCAUGAUGGUUCAUUCUGCGCUAGAGGAGAAUCAUACUGACUGAUAUUCAAUUUAGCUAUUUGUAAAUUAUAAUGGUUUUAAUGUUGUACUACUUACAUAAAAUAAUAAAAAUGCAAUUAGAGCUAUUAAAA